UGAACUCCAAAUAGGCUGCAACGUUAAACCUAAAGCCAUAAUUUGGAAACCAAACAAAUAAACACAAGUUGAGAGCUUUGAAUUACUGGGACGGCCAUUUUCAACUCAUUUCCUCAUCGAAACCCUCAAAUCAAUGACGAAUGACUCUGAUUCAUCCUCUCUGAUUCGCCUCAACAUCGGAGGAAAGAAGUUUUGCACUACUAUUGAUACUUUGACUCAGCGUGAGCCGGAUUCCAUGCUGGCUGCUAUGUUCAGUGGUCGCCAUACUCUGUGUCAGGACCCCGAAAAGGGAUAUGUAUUUCUUGAUAGGGAUGGCAAACAUUUCCGUCACAUCCUUAAUUGGUUGAGGGAUGGUGUUGUUCCCACAUUAAAAGAUUCGAAAUAUACAGAAGUUCUUAGGGAGGCUGAAUACUAUCAACUUCUUGGGCUGAUAGAUGGAAUACAUGCUAUCCUAAAUAAGAAGAAGGAGGAUGAAGAGUUAGAUACAGAAUUAACACGUACUGAUAUCAUCAAGUGUAUACAGUCUGAGAGAGUCAGGUUUCGAGGUGUCAAUCUUUCUGGCCUUGACCUUUCAAAAUUGGACCUGUCAUUUGUCGACUUCAGCUAUGCGUGUCUGAGAAAUGUCUUUUUCUCACGUGCAAACCUUCAUUGUGCUAAGUUCAAGGAUGUGGAUGCUGAGGGUGCCAUUUUUCUCAAUGCAACUUUGCGGGAAUGUGAAUUUACUGGGGCAAAUCUCCGUGGAGCUUUGUUGGCUGGAGCUAAUCUUCAGAGUGCAAAUCUACAAGAUGCAUGCUUGAUUAAUUCUAGCUUUUGCCAGGCAGACCUGCGUUCUGCACACCUACAGAAUGCUGAUCUUACAGAUGCCAAUUUAGAGGGAGCUAUUCUGGAAGGAGCAAAUUUGAAGGGUGCCAAGUUGAGCAAUACCAAUUUGAAGGAUGCAAACCUUCAACGAGCUUAUUUACGGCAAGUGAAUCUUCGAGAUACGCAUUUGGAAGGUGCAAAGCUUUUCGGUGCCAAUUUAAACGGAGCAAUGAGAUGACACUGAGUGUUGCUAUUGUAGAUCCUGUGGAGGUUUGUAAUUCUGUUUGUGUAUAACCCGUCUGCCAAGAUUCCCAUUGUCCAAUUUCUGGGUUGAGGCAACCACCCUAGUAAUCAAAUGAUGUGGUUUGUACAUAAAUCUUAUACCCAAAUUCAAUUCAUUUGGUGAUAAAUGUCUAGUAGUUGAUAAAGAUGAAAGGGUAAAUUAUGACAACGGUCACUGAAUCUGUACCCGAUCUUCACUUUCGUCCUACAAUACAGUUCUUGGAAUUUAACUGUGGUCCUCGUACUUUUACGUGUGCA